UUCCUUCCUGGCUGGCUGCUGUGUCUUCCUCUCUCUCUCUUUCUAACUCGGAAAUUUUCUAGAGAGAGGAUCGGAGCCAAAGUUUGGAAAAAGCUAAAACGCAGGCAAGAAGGUGGAGGAGACAAUCUCAUCUUCCUUCCAAAGCGUUUCUUCAUCGUCUUUAUCUAUCUGUUACCUCUCUCCCUCACAGAUCCGAUUCUGAUCAAGUUUUUUUACAUUUCUGCAGCUAAAAAAAAGGUGCUUAUACUAGUCUUACAACGGACUGACUCCAUAGAAGGCGUUUAAAAAGAUACAUUUGUUCGUGGAACAUAUACGAAGAUGAAGAAAGUCUUCGGCCAAACUGUCAGAGACCUUAAGAGAGAGGUCAACAAGAAAGUGCUCAAAGUUCCUGGAGUAGAACAGAAGGUGCUAGAUGCUACUAGCAAUGAGCCAUGGGGUCCACAUGGAUCACUUCUUGCUGAUCUUGCUCAAGCUUCUAGAAAUUAUCAUGAAUACCAGCUGAUCAUGGGGGUCAUAUGGAAACGCCUUAGUGACACUGGAAAAAACUGGCGGCAUGUCUAUAAGGCUUUGACAGUUUUGGAAUACAUGGUAGGCCAUGGAUCAGAACGUGUUAUAGACGAGAUUAGAGAACGUGCAUAUCAAAUUUCGACAUUGUCCGACUUUCAGUAUAUUGAUUCCGGUGGUAGAGAUCAAGGAAGCAAUGUUAGGAAGAAAUCACAGAGCCUGGUGGCUUUGGUGAAUGACAAAGAAAGAAUAGCCGAAGUCAGACAGAAGGCUGCUGCUAAUAGAGAUAAGUACCGCAGCUCAGCACCAGGUGGAAUGUAUAAGCCUUCAGGCGGAUAUGGGGACAAAUAUGAUUAUGGAAGCCGGGAUGAAGAGCGAAGUAGUUAUGGAAGAGAAAGAGAAUAUGGUUACAGAGAUGAUGAUAGAAAUAGUCGUGAUGGAGAUCGUUAUUCCAGAGACUCUGAAGACCGGUAUGGAAGAGAUGGUAAUAGGGAUGAUGAUUACAGGGGUAGGAGCAGAAGUGUUGAUAACUAUGGGUCACGAGGUAGGAGUUCGGAAAGGGAGAGGGAGGAUGAUGGCCAUUCUUCAUCACGGGGCAGUGGUGCUCGAGCUGAUGACAAUUCUCAGGAUGGGAGAGGGCGGCUCGAGAGGAAGUUUUCUGAACAAAAUAUUGGCGCCCCACCCAGUUAUGAAGAAGCUGUCAAUGAAUCACGCAGCCCUGUAUACAGUGAAAGGGAUGGUGGGGAGACCCCACAAGUUACUGCUCCAGGAGCUGCUUCUCCUCCUCCUCCUCAAGCUACUGCUCCAGGGGCUGGUUCUCCUUCUACUGGACCCAGCACAGACAAUAAACCUGUUACUUUUGUUAAUGAAUCACCUUCUCAGAAAGUUGAGACUUUUGAUGAAUUUGAUCCACGUGGUGCGUUUUCAGCUGGCCCUCCAGCAUAUGUAUCUACAGAUGGUGUUACAGAUCCUCCAACUGUUGCUUCUAUGUCUGCCCCUCCCGCCUCGAAUGAGAUGGACUUGCUUGGCUCCCUUGCAGACGUAUUUUCAUCAAACGCAUUGGCCAUUGUACCAGCUGAUUCUACCUCCGUUGAAACCAAUGGACAAGUAAACGAUGGUCCAGCUCCAUCGUUUUCUACAUCUCAGCCAUCAACUCAGUCAUUUGAUGACCCAUUUGGUGACUCUCCUUUCAAAGCCUUCACUUCUACUGACGCCGACUCAACCCCACAGCAGAAUUUUGGAGCUCCUGAUACUGCUCAUAACUUUGGCUUUGGAGACUCAUUCUCGGCCGUUGCCAAUCCUGAUCCUGCUUCUCAGAAUGUGCAACCUCCAUCAAACUCACCAGGUUUUCCUCAAGAGCAGUUUGCUACAUCUCAGAGUGAUAUUGAUAUUCUUGCUGGCAUUCUCCCACCAUCUGGACCUCCAGUUUCACUCCCUCAACAAUCUGGUCCUUCAAUACCAACAUCUCAGUUUCCUCGCAGUGGAAACAACAUGUACGAAGGCUUUCAUUCUCAGCCAACAGUAUCUACAGCUCCAAACCAGCCCGGACAAACUCCGUUUGGACAAGCUGUACAACCAUAUAACAUGGUUCCUCAUUCUCAAAAUAUGACUGGAGCCAUGCCGUUUAACAGUGGAGGCUUCAUGCACCAGCCGGGCUCACAAAAUUCAUUUACUGCCACUUCAUCAAGCUCACAAACUCCUUACUCUACCCCAAGUGGACCAGCUGGUCAGUUCAUGGCACACCAGGGUCAUGGAAUGCCGCCUUCCCAUGGUCCUCAACGAACUCAAUCUGGACCUGUUACUCUGCAAGGGAACAACAAUGUCAUGGGGGACAUGUUUUCACAAGCUGGGCCAAAUUCCUUGACGUCAUCAUCAUCUCAUCCAGAUCUCACACCUUUAACAGGAGCAAUUGAGAUUGUUCCUCCGCCUCAGAAAAAGUUUGAACCAAAAUCAUCAGUUUGGGCAGACACAUUGAGCAGGGGGCUUGUUAACUUUAACAUAUCUGGACCUAAAACAAAUCCAUUGGCAGACAUAGGAGUUGACUUCGAGGCGAUCAACAGGAGAGAUAAACGGCUGGAGAAACCAACAAACACACCAGCAACAUCUACUAUCAACAUGGGUAAAGCCAUGGGAUCAGGCACUGGCUUAGGGCGUUCCGGUGCAACCGCAAUGAGACCUCCGCCUAAUCCAAUGACUGGCUCCGGCAUGCCCAUGGGUGGAGGAAUGGGUGUUGGUAGCUAUGGAGGUAUGAACCAAAACCAACCCUUGGGUAUGGGUAUGGGUAUGGGGGUCGGAAUGAAUCAAAACCAACCUAUGGGUAUGGGAUUGGGACCUGGCAUGAACAUGAAUAUGGGAGGAUAUGGCCAAGGCUAUCCGAUGCAACAACAAAACCCAGGGAUGGUCCGUGGCCCAAACGUGCCUGGCAACAACUACAAUCCGGGUCAAGGCGGUUACAACAACCCUCAACAAUCCUAUGGUGGUGGAUACCGGUAAGAUCAAGCCAAACAUUACGCACUUGACUUCAUUUGUAGAAUCAGGGUUCCGUUGUUCAGUGCUUUUCUUUACUCUCGGGUAUGUAAUAUCAUUCGAUAAAAAGUAGACGGAUUGGCCAGCCGCUUCACGGAAGUACUCUCAGGUUACAUUAUUCAUCUCGACAACACACGGCUCCACGAAUUUGCUUCUCUGUUCUUGCCUCAAUCUUCAAUUAUAUUCAUUUUUAUUUUUUUCUUCUAGUACGGACCUAAUCGAGAGUUUGUUGUGAAAUUUGUACCGGUGAGAGUGGCAAACCUUGCUCGGGUCUGCCCUUUUUGUUAUAUGCAUAUAAUUUGAUAUAUACACGUUUACUUUAUUUUUCUUUAUUUUGAAGGAUGUGUACAACAAUAUUUCAUUCACGGAACAAAUAAAAUAUUUUUCAUU